AUGGCGGACCGUUAUUCUUUCUCGUUGACUACUUUCUCGCCCAGUGGAAAGCUGGUUCAGAUCGAGUAUGCUCUCAAUGCAGUGAACCAGGGUGUCACAGCCCUCGGCAUCAAAGCCACCAAUGGAAUUGUUCUUGCAACCGAAAAGAAAUCUUCCUCGCCGCUUAUCGAUCCCCCCUCGCUCUCUAAGAUCUCGCUGAUCACUCCGGAUAUUGGCAUGGUUUACGCUGGUAUGGGACCCGAUUACCGCGUGCUGGUGGACAAGGCCCGAAAAGUGUCACACACUGGCUACAAGCGCGUCUACAACGAAUACCCACCAACUCGGAUACUGGUGCAAGAUGUUGCCCGGGUGGUGCAGGAGGCCACUCAGUCUGGUGGUGUGCGGCCGUACGGUGUCAGCUUGCUGAUUGCCGGUUGGGACGAGGGCGUCGAGCCAGAGGCUGUCAAGAAGACCGAUUCACCUGAGGAGUCGGCUCCUGGCAAGACCGGUGGUAUUCUCAAGGGUGGACCUAGCUUGUAUCAGGUCGAUCCCAGCGGCAGCUACUACCCUUGGAAGGCUACAGCCAUUGGUAAGCACGCCACUAGUGCUAAGACGUUCCUAGAGAAGCGAUACACAGAGGGUUUGGAGCUGGAAGAUGCUAUCCACAUUGCCCUGUUGACACUCAAGGAGACAAUCGAGGGUGAGAUGAACGGAGACACAAUAGAAAUUGGCAUUGUCGGCCCGCCAGCAGACCACUUGCUUGGCUAUGAAGGUGUUGAAGGAUCUCAGGGACCUCGAUUCCGAAAGUUGACCAAGGAACAGAUCGAGGAUUACUUGACCAACCUAUGA